AUGACUGUUGGAGUGGAGACUUCGGACGCGGCGAUGACGUCUCCCACAAGUUCGAGUGGCACAGGCCCUGAUUCCUUGCGUCUGUCAGAAAUUGAAAGUGCUCAUUUGUGCCCCGCGGGUCGGAUGAAAAUGGAAGAAUUAUUUCGCCAGUGGCUGAACGUGGACUGUACAAAGGAGAUGAUUCAGAACAUGGUGGCCGACCUUCGCCAGGGCAAGGAGCUUAAUUUAGACACAUUACUGGCCACAGCUAACGCGGUAACUAGUGGGGCAGAUUCGCCUUCGCGAAGCCCUAAACGACCGCCUAAUUAUCAGCUCGGGUUUCUCAGUCCUGGUUCAGUCGGCAGUCCCAGCUCGCGUAAACGUCAUCAGCAUUUAGUCAGUCUUUUUGGAGAUGAGCUUCACAAUGCUACACCAACAGCAGUGAUGGCUCCAGCUGACGUAGAAGUGAACAAAGUGGAGAAGUUAAUAUCGUCAGAAGAUGUAGACAUGAUUUCUGGUGAUUGCGAAGCUGCUAGCGGCAACGAACGAAAAAGUGCUGAAGAGACUGUAUUAGUCCAAGACCAUGACAAAACUUCAGUCCCCGCCGUAGACGCAACGCUUACCAACACGGACGAAACGAUGGAAGGGGAACAGGAGCAACAAGUAGUGAAGGAUAGUCUGGCCAAUGCGGCAGCAAUUGGUCAGUCUGAUCACCCCAUGACCGAGGAGCCAAUUAAAUACGCUCAGCUUCCCAGGUUUUAUACCCCUGGCGAGAACAGACGCGGUCGACUGCGUGGCUUGUCCAGGGACGCUAUAAUGCAUAAGGCAAUAGAUAUCGAGGCCCGCUUUUGUGAUUUUCCAGAGGGUAUGAAGGUAGAGGAUUUUGUGGCCAUAACCAAGGAUCUGUGCGGAUUUCCAUCGUUUUUCAAUGCGCCUUUUUUCCGCCGUAUUCUUGCAACGUGUGGAUCAGCAGAAGAAAACACAUUAAAGUCAUCCUAUAGCUCGACAGCAGAAGAUGCGUUCAGCACAGGUAGUCCUACGAGCGCUGAUGGUGAUGUAGCGCCGCGCCGCAUUACUAAAGAUAUUUUCGAGAGCUACUGGAUGCGGGAGAUGGCUCCGUGCGAUAGUGUGGAACGAUUCUAUCGAGUAGUGAAAAAUCCGAAAAACGACUAUAUAGAGCGAGACGACUUCGCUCCAUUCUUACAUGAGCUUUUAAAGUAUCAUCCUGGGUUAGAGUUUCUGGGGGGUACUCCUGAGUUUCAGGAAAAAUAUGCCUUAACGGUAGUUGUGCGGAUAUUUUAUUCCGUCGAUAGAGACAGUAGCGGCCGAAUCACGCUGCGUAAGCUAAGACGCAGCAAUCUGAUUAGCGCAUUUAACACAGUUGAUGAGGAGGAAGACAUCAAUAAGGUGAAUUCGUACUUCUCCUAUGAACAUUUUUACGUGUUGUAUUGUAAAUUCUGGGAGCUGGACACCGAUCAUGACUUUCUUUUAAGUCCUGACGACCUCGUGCGCUAUGGUGGCCACGCCCUUACACGUAUCAUUGUGGAUCGUAUUUUUGAACGGGGGCGACGUCCAUUUGCCCGCGUCCAAACCCUGACUACCGAGGAAAAGAAGAAAAUGAGCUAUGAAGACUUCAUUUAUUUUAUGCUUUCGGAAGAAGAUAAAGCAAAUCCCGUUAGUAUAAGAUAUUGGUUUGAGCUCAUUGACACAAACGAGGAUGGCGUUUUGCGCGCCGAUGAAAUGCGCAUAUUUUACAAACGUCAGAUUCACCGCAUGGGAUGUCUUGGUCACGAGGUGGUGCCGUUUGAAGAUAUUUUGUGUCAGAUGUCGGAUUUAUUGCACCCUGAGAAGGAGGGUGAAUUUUAUCACAAAGAUUUUAUUCGUCCGGACAAAAUUCGUGUGUCUGGCGUAUUCUUUAACGUGCUGUUUAAUCUCAGCAAGUUUAUCGAGUUUGAACAACGUGACCCAUUUCUUCUGCGUCAGCAACUCGCAGAGCCAGAGCUCACAGAUUGGGAUCGGUAUGCUCGUGCCGAGUACGCUAGACUCGCCAUGGAGGAGGAAGGCAGAGACGAGGAUACUGCAAUGGAUAUUGACACCAUGGAUGGCUGGUAUGUGUCAGACGAGCAAGAAGCGCCGGAGGGCAGCACCAAUACAGAUGAUGCGGGCGGCGAAGAAGAUUUAGUUUCAGUUAGAGACAACUAG